CGCCGUUCGGGAAAAGUCCGGGCCGGGCUGCCUCCGUCGGCGCGGAUUGCGCUGGGGAAAGUGCGUCUCAACUUGUGGCUGCGCCUGCCCGUCCCGUCGGGCUACGCUGUUCCUCCGCCGGCCUCGCAGCCGAACUACUCGAGCACAUACACCAUCAUUCAGCAGCCUGCUGCCACCACCUCUGUCGUAGUAGUUGGAGGCUGUCCCGCCUGCAGGGUUGGCGUGCUGGAGGACACCUUCACCUGCCUCGGUGUUCUGUGUGCCAUUGUGUUCUUUCCAAUUGGGAUUCUGUUCUGUCUCGCACUGAGGCAGCGAAGAUGCCCAAAUUGCGGGGCGGCUUUUGGCUAAGUGGGAUGAACGUGGAUGUGCUAUGGAAGCUACAACUGUUAGCCUACUCUUUCUAAUGUAAAUGUCAUGUACAAUCAUUUUAUUUGCUUCAGACCUGUUUUGUAAAGUGUGAAGAAAUUUAGUCUCUUGCAUGUAAUUUAAACUUAAUCUUUUAUGAGCAUGUGCAUUGCAAAACAUGAAAACCGAACUUGUUUUCCAUGUUUAGUGGCACCUCUUGAAAACUAAAUAAAACUGCUUUUCCUUUUGCAAUCCUCAA